GGGACAUCAAGCUCUACUUCUUCAAACAUAAUAGUUACUCUAGCUUCUUCAAUUUGAAAAAAAUAUGGAAGUCAUGUCACCUACCCACACAAAUGGCUCUGCCCUCCUUAAAAAUAGUACAAAUGGCCACCACAUGAAUGGCAAUUCCGAUUACCUGAACGGCGCCACAGCUCAUGACAAUGGCAGAAAAAUAUUAGGGAGCUCCAACUCUGUUAAGCCUGGUUGGUUUUCAGAAUUUAGCUCGUUAUGGCCAGGUGAAGCAUUCUCACUGAAAAUAGAGAAGUUGCUAUUUCAGGGGAAGUCUGAUUAUCAAGAUGUCAUGCUCUUUGAGUCAGCAACUUAUGGGAAGGUACUGACAUUAGAUGGAGCAAUUCAACAUACAGAGAAUGGUGGAUUUCCAUAUACUGAAAUGAUUGUUCAUCUCCCACUUGGUUCCAUUCCAAACCCAAAAAAGGUGUUGAUCAUUGGUGGAGGUAUUGGAUUUACAUUAUUCGAAGUGCUUCGUUAUCCUACCAUUGAAAAAAUAGACAUUGUUGAGAUUGAUGAUGUGGUGGUCGAUGUGUCUAGAAAAUUUUUCCCCUACUUAGCAGCUAAUUUUAAUGAUCCUCGUGUAACCUUGGUUCUUGGUGAUGGAGCUGCAUUUGUAAAGGCUGCACAAGCAGGAUAUUAUGAUGCUAUUAUAGUGGACUCCUCUGAUCCUAUUGGUCCAGCAAAAGACUUGUUUGAGAGACCAUUCUUUGAGGCAGUAGCCAAAGCACUUAGACCUGGAGGAGUUGUUUGCACCCAAGCUGAAAGCAUAUGGCUUCAUAUGCAUAUUAUUAAACAAAUCAUUGCUAAUUGUCGUCAAGUCUUUAAGGGUUCUGUCAACUACGCUUGGACUACUGUUCCAACUUAUCCAACUGGUGUAAUUGGUUACAUGCUCUGCUCCACCGAGGGGGCAGAAGUCGACUUCAAGAAUCCGGUGAAUCCAAUUGACAAAGAUGCAACUCACGUCAAAUCCAAAUUAGGACCUCUCAAGUUUUACAAUACUGAUAUUCAUAAAGCAGCUUUCAUUUUGCCAUCUUUUGCCAGAAGUUUGAUUGAGUCUUGAUUAAAUAAAGAAUGAAGAUUGAUGGUACAUUUAUUGGAAUUGUAGGAUUGGAAUUCUUGAGUUUUGCUAUAUUGUAAUACGUACUGUAAUACUGACCUCCAAAGGUCGGUUGAUCUAUGCAAGUUACUUUCAUGUCGCUACUAAUAAAACUAUAGUACAUUAUCGGGCGUCAAUUACGAUAUGUAGCAGAGAAAAUUUUACAUUGAAUGUCAGUGUUAAUUUCCUGAUUCA